CCCUGGAGGCUGAUUAACCAGCUCCAUUGGCCCGUCAGGAUGCACAUAGCUUCAGUGGGUGUCAGCAAGUUCUGCUUCCUGUUUUCCCUCGUAUUCUGCGGCCUCCUGCUUCUGCUCAUCCCGGCCCUCCAGCCCUCAGCUCGCCAUGUGGACCUGCCUCAGCCCCGACCCCGGGUCAGACCUGCACAGGCAGGCAAGGCCUCAACCUACAUCUCACACCGCACCGGGGUUCCUGCAGUGUCUAGCCAUGUUGGGGACACAGACUGGGCCACAGGGCUGAACAGGAGCUCAGAGGGGCAGGGGGGAUCCAUCAAGACUGAAAUUACCAGAAAUGAUAACCACAAUUCCAAGAGGGGCACAGACUCCAAAAUAAGCCCAGAAAAAGGGGCUCUCCAUGGAGGAAAGGGUGGUGGGCUUUCAGGCUCCAGGUCACGGGACCUGUUAGAGUUAAAGGACAUUUUUAUUGCAGUGAAGACUACCAGGAAGUACCACAAGUCCAGACUGGAGCUGCUGAUUCAGACCUGGGUUUCCCAAGCUAAAGAACAGACCUACAUAUUCUCUGACGGUGAAGACAAGGAGCUGCGGAUGAGAACAGGAGCUAACAUCAUCAACACGAACUGCUCAGCUGCUCACACCCGACAGGCUCUCUGCUGCAAGAUGUCUGUGGAGUACGACAAAUUCAUCGAGUCUCAGAAAAAGUGGUUCUGCCAUGUGGAUGAUGAUAACUAUGUGAUUCUGCCCAGCCUGCUGCGGCUGCUCUCCUCCUACCAUCACAGCCAGGAUGUUUACCUGGGUCGGCCUAGUCUAGACCACCCAAUAGAGGCUGCAGAGAGGGUCAAGAGUGACGGCUCGGUGUCUGUCAAGUUCUGGUUUGCUACAGGUGGAGCGGGUUUCUGUAUCAGCAGAGGUCUGGCUCUGAAAAUGAGCCCAUGGGCAAGUUUGGGGAAUUUCAUCAGCACAGCUGAGAAGAUCCGACUCCCAGAUGACUGCACCAUCGGCUACAUCAUUGAGGCGCUGCUGGAGGUCACCUUAACACACACACACCUCUUCCACUCCCACCUGGAGAAUCUACAGAAGCUGCCCACUGACACUGUGCUGGAGCAGGUGACUCUCAGCUAUGGAGGCUUUGAGAACAGAAGAAAUGUGGUCAGCAUUGUUAGAGGCUUUUCACUGGCUGAAGACCCAACAAGGUUUAAGACAGUCCACUGCCUUCUGUAUCCAGAUACUGACUGGUGUCCAAAGCUCAAACCUCGCCACAAAAACUGAAAGUCACUGUGUUUUUAUCCUGCAGCACUGAUAACCUCCUAAACCUUCCCACUGCCUCACCCUUCACACAUGCCAUGUGGUGGAUGCCCUCACUGAGGGCAGACUCAGUUCACACUUCCUUUCAUGAAUCCACAGUGCCCAUGUUAGUAGGGUUUUUCAGUUUUACUCCUGAGGCAGAGCUCAUUGAUGGGCAGAACUGAUUCAGUAACUCAUUAAGUGAAACCUUAAUAGAUGGAGCCAAAGAAUAACUUUUUCAGGCUAAUGGAGAAAGCAACUGGGUGAAGCCAGUUGUGGCUGGAGCCAGAUUUUUUUCUCCACUGUAAAGUAGCUCUGGAGGUAUUUUUUAACACUAACCUCAAUGUCCCUCAAUAGAGCAGUCUUCUGGAUAAUUUAACCAAAUUAUACGUUUCAUGUCUUUGCCAGCAUGUAGAGAUGUUUCAAUGUAAGUCCUGAUAAAUCAUAAUUUUUUCCUCAGUUUAGUAUGUGACAUGGCACUAAAUGCUUCACUUUCCAUGUGUGGCCAGCAUUAUUUCACAGAUCUGGCUGUGAAAUAAUGCUGUGUUCCUGUUAUAUUGUUCAGACCAUCAUCACAAUCUGCAAAAGAGGGAAAAAGCAUUCACAUCAGUCUCUUAGUUGUAAUUUAGGCAUAACUUAAUUCACCUGGUGUUACUCCAGGGCAUGCAAUUGAGGUUUAAUAAUGAAGUUGUUCCAUUGGUCUCCCUUUGUUGACAUGUGCUAGCACAGUUAGCCACUGGAGUCAUGAAAUCAAUGCUACACCAUAGUUGCUAAAUUGGUCCAAACUCUGAAAGAUGAUUGAUUGAAGCUGCUUAAUAUAAUCCACAAGUUCUACAAAUCUCAACCACCAAGUUCGCUGCACUGUUAGUUGUGAAGCAAUGCAACUCGUAUCCUAAAAAUAUGUACAAGUCGGUUAUCCAAGUCGAGAUGUUUCAGUGGCCAGUUGCCCAACCAAAUUUUUCUACCAACCCAUUUUUCUACAGGGUCAAUUUAAACCACAGUGGAUACAGCCAAAGAAUCAGAUAUUAUUUGAAGCGCAAUGGCAAAAGCAGGAUAUAGGAAAAAUGGAAGCUAGUUCUCACUCUUGCUAUCUGUAGAUAUUCAUUCUGAGCUAUCUUCAUUACUGAAUAAGUUGUCAUGCUUCAAGCUCAUCUUAAUACAACACUUACAUGCCAUAUGUACACUACUGUGCAUUGUAGACACUAAAAGUAAUAUGAGAAUGCUUUCAAAAAUAAUGCAAUGGAAAUUUUUCACAGUAUUUAUCAAUUAACUUGAUACAAAGUUGAGUGAAGAACAAAAACCUAAAUUAAAUCAACAUUUGGUGUGAGCAGCUUUGCCUUUAAAAUAACAGUAGUUCUCCUCAAACCACCUGCACACAGUUUUUAGGUACUUGGCAGGUCAGUUGUUCCUGAAUCUUUGAGAAGUUGCCACAGUUCUUCUGUGGAUUUUGGCAUCUCAGCUGCUUCUGUCUCUUGAGGUAAUCCCAGACUGACU